AUGUCCAUGCAGCGUAAGCAGAUAUCGCAGGAAACGUUCGAUCAGUGCGUGAGUGAGAAUGUGGAAGACUUUGACAUGUCACUAGAGGAAGCAGUGAUUGAUGCUGUGCAGCAGUUUGAGUCACAGGGUGUAGAUUUGUCCAAUAUCAUCAAGACAGGCGUAACAUUGACGUCCGAGGGACAGGAACCACUGCCAUUGCGAUUGAAACGGCUAAUUACAGAGUUACAGGAGCUGUUGAAGCUCAACAAUAAGGAGGAUCAAGUGUUGAACAUCAUUGCUGAGCUUUAUAGCGUCUGUCAAGAGGUACCAGAGGCUCGUGUGGUGGCAGGACGGAAUAACGUUGUGGAUACAUUGUUGGCUCUGCUGGACGGAGGCCUCGACGCUGUGGCAGCAUCUUGCAGCACGUUAUUGGUGCUGCUGUGUACAGAUAAUGUAGACAACCAGGAUUUUGUCGGUGUUACGGGAAUGCAACGACUUGUGGCGGCUCUCAAGCGUCAGUGGGAGAAUGUGGAUACUGUGAUACGGCUUUUAGCACUUGUGAAGGCGACGAGUGUCCAACACGAGCGAAACAAGACACAUUUUACCAAGUCUGGUGGAGUUGAAGCACUGUGUGGAUACUUGGACAGAGCAAAGAGCAAUAAAGUGUUGUCGAAGCAGCUGGCACUUUGCUUUCGUGUGCUGACUAUCAAUGACGAUCCGCACGCGAUGUUUUCGCAGGCGCAGGAUACUAUUAAAGCCCUUGUCGAUCAUGACGUGAUACCCUAUAGCUUAGAUGUCCUGCGUCAAGUUGGAUGCAGUGAUGAAACUGAACAGGCAAUAGAUGUGUCGCUGGAACUGCUGGCCAAUUGGCUUGCAGUACUGAAGCAACUUGCCGUGACGGAAGAAAACUGUAAACAAAUUGCUGAUCUUGCAGGCUUGACAACCGUCCAGGAAGUCAUGAAGAAGUAUGAGCACAGCGCGCCAGUUACUAAACGUGGUAUAACCGUUUUCCGAAAUGUGGCGGCGGCAGACGAUCUAAAGCGUGUGAUUCUGCAAUCAGGAGGCAUCGAACAGACAUUAUUGAUCAUGCGACGCCACGAAGCCGAUGCAUCUAUUCAACAAAACGCGUGCGCUACGCUGGCUGCAAUUGCACUUCGCUCGCCAGAAAACAGUUGUGCACUAGUCGAGCUUGGAGCUAUCCGACAUAUUUCGCGAGCCAUGCAGGUUCACCACAAUGAUGUAUCUGUAUUGCGCCAAGCCAGUCUGGCAGUGCGUAACAUGGUGGCCCGUAGCGUAGAGUUGCGUUCACGCUUUCUGCACGAUGAGCUAGAAAUUGAACCACUGCUUCGUAAGGCACAACAGUAUCGUGGCUGUGGUGACGAAGCCUAUGCAGCGCUGCGCGACUUGGGCUGCGAUAUUCAGCUGUCCUCCUUCGGGGCUGCCACCGUUACUGGUGCUUCUUUUUCCGGGUCUAUGAAGGUGCUCACAACCAAACCGCGAUUUAACCCAGUGCAAGCUGAGUCUAAACAGUUGCUUGACAGUGUAGAGGAAGCUUCCGAGGCUCCAUUAUCCCAAAAAUGA